AUGGACCUCUUCUGCCUGCCCGACGACCCCGCCGCGCCGACGCCGGCGUGCCCAUACGUGUGCAUCGAGCGCUGGGACGGGGGCCCGUUCCGCAGCUACGCCGUGCGCAAGGGCCGUGCCGGUCUCGUGCCGGUGAGCCUGCGGAACACGCCCGGGGCCGAGGUGGCCGCCGACGCUCUCUACUCGGAGAACCUGUACCCGACGCCGCAGGCCGAGCUCGAGCCGUUUCUGCAGACGUGGCUCUUCUUUGGCCUCGUGGCCGAGGUGCUUGGGCUCAAUGAGACGGCGCCAGGGAUGCGACUCGUGGACGAGGAGACGGCGCGGACCGAGAUUGCAGAGCUGUAUGAGGUGGUGCUGGUGAGAGACGGUCAAGACGGCGACGCUCAGGAUGAAGGCAGCAACAGCAGCAGAAGCAAGUACAUCACCGGCGCCGUGCUCCUGCAAGAGGCAGCCGGGGAACUCUUCCACCAGCGCCUCAACCUCGCGCCCGACAGGAUGGCGCGGCUGGUGGACAUGUGCGACUCGCUGCGGUACGCCGUUGUGAUGCUGCACUCGAUCCAGGAGAACGUGCGCGACGCGGUGCGGCACUCCAUCGUGGCGCUGGGCGAGAUGCUCACCACGGGGCUCUUCAUGGCGGCGUCGCUCUCGCGCCCGCCCACGCCGCUGCCGACCGUCAUCGGCCUCAACUGGUUCCGCGACUACGUGCGGGCGGGCGGCGCCGUCGAGGCCGGCAUGCUGGCGCGCGGCUGGUGCCCCAGCGAGGUGGACAAGGUGCGCGCGCAGUUCCAGGGCGCGUUCACCAUGCACUACGCGAGCAGGUUGCGGCGAAGGGCUAUCGGUCAGGGUGAUGAUUCUCCGUCUUCCGGCUACGAUCACGGCGGGUGCUCGGUGCAUGCGUGCAAGGCGUUUCAGAUGGACGUCGACACGUACAAGCCGUCGCACGCGCGCGAGGGGUGCGGCUGCGAGCACAUCGAGGUGCGCGAGGCGGACAUUGUGCGUGUGCUGCGCGAGACGGACUCGUUUCCGGUGCUGCGCCUGACGAGGGGCGAUGGUGAUGAGCGUGAUGGCGAUGGUGAUGGCGACGAGCAGGGUCAACUGCGACUGUCUGUUGAGCCGUGGACUCCUGGCGUGCCCUACGUCGCCUUUUCUCAUGUCUGGGCCGAUGGCCUCGGUAACCCACGUCUCAACUCGCUGCCGAGAUGCCAGGUCGAGCGCAUCUCUCACCUCGUCGCGAGGCUCGAGCACGACGUGCGCUCCUCCUCUUCCUCCGCCACGACCACCGACUCUACCCCGACCACUGAUCCCAGCUCCUCAACAUCCUCGGCAAACACUCAGCCGUACCGGAUCUGGAUCGACACCUUCUGCUGCCCCAUCGAGCUCGGCGGUAAGCUCCUCGCGCUGCAGCGCAUCGCCGACGUCUACCGGCAGGCCACGCACGUCCUCGUCCUCGACAAGGCGCUGGCCGCGUUCCCCUCGGUGGACGUCCACCCGGCCGAGCUGCUGCUCCGCACCAUCGGCGCGUCGCCCUGGAUGCGGCGCCUGUGGACGCUACAGGAGGGCGCGCUCGCACAGAGCCUCUUUGUCCAAUUCGCGGACCGCGCCGUCGAUUUUGUCGCCCUGCUGCAGGACCUGUUUGCCAUUGCUUGCACCGACGCGCGGUACAUGCGCAUCUGGCAGGACGUCAUGAGCGAGUUCAACCAGCUCCAGUCUCUCAGCCCCAAGCGCAACAGCGCCGGCGCUGUCCUCUUCAACAAGACGCCCUCGGAUCUUGUCCACCUGCAGCGCGCGCUGCACUUCCGCACCGUCUCCGUGGCUGCGGACGAGCCGCUCUGUAUCGCCACCCUUAUGGGCCUCGACACGCGCCGCGUCGCCGAGCCCGCGUCGCACCAGGACCGCAUGGUGCGCGUGUGGGAGCAGCUCGCGCGCCUGCCCGGCGUCGACAACGGCGACGGCAACGUUGCACAGGGCAUUCCCGUUCGCCUCCUUUUCUUCCUCGAGGAGCCCCUCGACGUGCCGGGCUGGCGAUGGGCGCCGCGCACCCUCCUCGGCUCGUCGGUGCGCGACCCCGUCCUCGGCAUCGACGAGCGCGUCGUGCGCUUCGUUAGGGAGGACGGCCCGGACGCUCUCGGCACGCCGACACCUCUCGGUCUACGCGUCAGGCUCCGCGGAUGCCGCCUCGUACCCCGUCCGCGCGCGCCCGGCCUGCCGCUCGACCCCUGGCCGGAGCUCGUCCGCAAGUACGAGGACCAGGUGCUGCUGCAGCGGGACGACGGCAGCGGUAGCAGCAACGAUGGCAACAACUCCGGUAGGGAUAGUAGCGACGCCGGCGGCGGCGGCGGUGCCCGCUGGGUGCGCAUCAUGGACUGGUACCGCUCCCGGAAGAUUGGCAGCUGGACGCGCGAGCAGCGCCUCGAGCACGACACGCGCGUCGGGCACCCCCUGCAGCGGGCCAUCGCGACGGGCCGCUGCGCCAUCGUUUACGACCCGCAGUCGUCGCCCCUCGGGCCCGAGGUGCGCACGUGCUGCCUCUUGCAGGCGGACGAGAUGGACGACGCGGAGCUGGCGGCGAUGAGUUCCCUCACCACUACCACAGACGCCACGGACGCCAACAUGAGCAGCACUAACACGGACACCACCGCAGGUGACGAUGCUGGUGCUUCGUCGCCCCGUCCGCUCAAGGCCCGCCGCGAGCGCGCCGUCAUCAUGUCACCCCUCUCGGAUGCGGAGGCGCGCAUGAUGGACGUGCUGCAGGGGCUGGCGGACAAGGCGGCGGCGGACCCGGCGACGCGGGAACUGCUUGCCCUAGGGCCGCCGCCGCCGCCGCCGCCGCCGCCGCCGCCACCGCAAUCACCCGCAGGUGAGAAGCAGAAGGGCAAAGACGACGACAAGAGCCCUGUCAAACUCGGAGAUGGCGGUGAGGGUAAAGGCGAGGGCGAGGGCGAGGGCGAGGGCGAGGACAAAGGCCAAGAAAGCCCCUGGAAAGCCGCCUCGACGCGCGUACGCGAUCUCCUCAAGAAGCUCGUCGCGGACGCGCUUGUCCAGCACCCGGAGGUGGUGCAGACGGCGAGGGACUACAUCGGGCCCGACAUUGACGAGUACCUGUGGGUGCUGAUCCCCAAGGUGCUGUCGCACGCGACGGUCAUGAGGGAGGUGCCCGAGGGGCAGGUUUGGUAUGUCGACUAG